ACGAAAGGUUACGUUCUGGAAAUAGAUUUCGUAACCAUUUCCCAAAAGGGGUACAAUUCCGAAGCACUGGAUGGAAUUAUGAUGCAUCUUCAGAGAAGAGGGGCCGGCAGUUUGGAGGGCUGCCAGCGUUGAGCGACAACUUUUCCGCACGAGAGACGGGAAGAGACAAGGGCGCGACCACACUCACUCUCCACCCCCUUUCCUCCCCCUUCGGCCCGCCAUGGCCACGCCCGACCCCACGCCCUACUGCGUGUGCCAGCAGACCGACGGUGCUGGCAUCAUGAUCGAGUGCAUCCGCGGCUCAGGAGGAUGCAACGGAUGGGUACAUCCGAGCUGUUGCGGCCUCAUACUGACGCAAGAGGAGCUCGAGGCGCUGGACGCGUACGUCUGCCCGCUGUGUGAGAAACCUGACGACGACUUCACCAAGCUGACGGCCUUCAACACGAGCCUGGCCAACCGCCAGGCCAAGCGCGAGCGUAAGCGCAAGUUGCAGCCGGCCAAGCCGGUUAAGAAGCCGUGGAUCUGUGCGGCCUGCCAGCAUCCGAAUCGCGACCGCCGGACGCGCGAGUGUGAGGCCUGCCACACCCGUCGCGUCAUGACCAAGAAGCCCAGAGACAAAGAUCUAAACGACGACGAGAAGUCCCGGCUGCUGGCCGAGCAGCUACAGGACGACCGUCGUCACAGUAAACGCUCGGCCAAUAGAAAGAGAAAGUCUUACCACGUUCCCAACUCGGACGAGGACAUCGCAAGCUCGGACAGUGACAAUUACAAGAAGAAGCAUAAGAAACACAAGAAGCGGCCGAGAGACGACGACUCGGAAUCCGACGAAGCCGAGUUCCAGCUGGACACGAGCAAGCUUAAGCAGGAGGCCAAGCCGGCCGAAGACCAGGCCGCAGUGGCCACCAUGGUGAUCGACAAGAUCAUGGGCGUACGACAGCGAGAGGUCGUGGAGCCGGCUCCCGUACCGCCGGCCGACUCGGUCAGCGCCAAUUUGUUCGCCAAUCGGCCGGCCAAGACGUCGAUCACUGAGUAUCUCAUCAAGUGGAAGGGAUUUGCCUACAUGCACGCGUCGUGGGAGACCAAGCAAGUGCUGCUGGAUCUGGACCCUCUUACGAACAAGCAGAAGAUCAAACGUUUCCACGAGAAGGAGCAGCAUCGGCUACAGUAUCCACACCGUCAAACUGGCAAUCUGGACGAGGAUUCCCUUGCGGUUGAUGAGUUAGAGUACUUUAACCCAGAGUAUUUGGAGAUCCACCGUAUUAUCGCUCACCGCCAGGACGCUCCGAUGCCUCCAGACCCCAAUUUCCCGGAUGCUCCAGUGGACGACGGUAUGCGCUACUACAUCAAGUGGCGGAUCUUGCCGUACACUGAGGCCACGUGGGAGCGAGCGUGCGAUAUCAAGGACGACGCCGCUCUGGCCAAGUAUAAGGCGUCGAUUGUUGUGCCUGACGAGGAAGUGUGGAAGCCACGACCGCGGCCAAGUAUUCGUGAGUACCGCAAACUGGAGGAAUCGCCUAAAUUCGGCGAGGAUCAGUCGCUCUCGCUUCGUGCUUAUCAACUAGAAGGUCUCAACUGGUUGCUCUGGAAUUGGUACAACGAACGACCGAGUAUCUUGGCAGACGAGAUGGGACUGGGUAAGACUAUCCAGACAUUGUCGUUCCUGAAUCUUCUUCGGGAUGAUCCGAAGAUUAAAAUCCGUGGCCCGUUCUUGAUUGUGGCUCCAUUAUCGCUAAUCGUGCAGUGGCAGAACGAGUGUGAAAUGUGGACCACGAUGAACUGCGUCGUGUAUCACGGCAACAGCGCGUCACGUGAGAUUAUUCGUGACUAUGAGUUCAACUAUCUGGAUGACAAGCUGCGUCCUGACAAGAAGAAGGCCUACCGCUUUAACAUUCUGGUGACAACGUACGAAGUGGCAAUUAAGGACAUUGCUGUGCUCUCGAAGAUCCAUUGGCGCUGUCUUGUAGUGGACGAAGCGCAUCGUUUGAAGAACCAGUCUUCACGACUUGUAGAGCAGAUGCGCUCGCUGCGUCGAGAUCACUGUGUGCUGCUCACGGGUACUCCUCUGCAGAACAAGACGGAGGAGUUAUGGGCGUUGCUGAACUUUCUGGACUCGAGAUCAUUCCCUAGUGUUUCGGAUUUCCUCGAGAAGUUUGGCGACCUGCAUGAGGCUCAACAAGUGGCUGAUCUACACAAGAUGCUGAAGCCGUAUCUGCUGCGUCGUGUGAAGGAGGACGUCGAGAAGUCUCUACCCCCGAAGGAAGAGACCAUCGUUGAAGUGGAGCUCACUCCGGUACAGAAGCAAUGGUACCGUGCGAUUUACGAGAGAAACACGGCCUUCUUGAACCGUGGUGGCAACCCACGCAACGUCCCGAACCUCAUGAAUGUCAUGAUGGAACUCCGCAAGUGUUGCAACCAUCCGUACUUGAAUAACGGCGUUGAAGAGAUCCUGAAUGAAGGACUGACGACUGAUACUCAGCGUCACGAGAUGAUGGUCAAGUGUUGCGGCAAGAUGGUGCUGAUCGACAAGUUAUUGCCACGUCUGAACGAUGGAGGACACAAGGUAUUGAUAUUUAGUCAGAUGGUGCGUGUGCUGGACAUUAUCGAGGACUAUCUGCGUUACUGCGGAUACCUGUACGAGCGAUUGGAUGGUAAUAUUCGUGGAAACGACCGCCAAGCUGCUGUGGAUCGCUUUGUCAAGCCAGAGUACAAGCGGUUUGUGAUGCUACUAUCGACCAAAGCUGGUGGGUUGGGACUCAACUUGACCGCUGCAGACACAGUUAUUAUCUUUGACAGUGACUGGAACCCUCAGAACGAUCUGCAAGCUCAAGCUCGUGCGCAUCGUAUUGGUCAGACUCACUCGGUGAAGAUUUAUCGUCUGAUCACACGUAAAACCUACGAGAUGCACAUGUUCCACAAGGCUUCACUGAAGCUGGGACUGGAUAAGGCUGUGCUCACACACAUGCGUCGUGAGAACGAAGAAGAAGGCGGCAAGAAACGGAACAAGAGCUCCAAGGCUCAAGAGUCGAAGGAGAUUGACGAGCUGCUUAAACGUGGAGCGUACGAUGUGUUCCGAGACGACGACAAUGCUGGCGAACAGUUUUGUGCGCUAGACAUCGACCAGAUCUUGCAGCGCUCGUCACAGAUCGUGCAGUACACGGAGCAGGCCCAAUCAAGCUUCUCCAAGGCUAGUUUCGUGUCAGCCACCACCUCGGACGAUGUCGAUCUCGAUGAUCCUGAUUUCUGGAAGAAAGCUGUGGGACUGUCUGAGCCUGACCCCGUAGAAGCCGAAGACUUACUACCGCAGCAACGCAAGCGUACCCGAGUGGCUCGUUUUGGCGAUGGCGGUAGCUUUUCGGACGGCAGUAUCUCAGACGAUGAGUUCGAGCAAGAGAAGCGCGACAAGGAAGAGCGUGAACGGCUUGAGGAGAAGAGUGCUCCUCGUGAAUGGACUCAAAAUGGACGUGAUCGUCUGCAGCGUGCACUGAUGCACUACGGAUUUGGUCGUUGGGAGAUCAUUCGUAGCCAGAGUGGCGGUAGUCGCUCUGUUAAGGAGGUGGAACGCUUUGCGCGUGGGUUUAUUUAUGUGUCGGCACUGGCGUGUGAUCAAAGGAAAGAUGACUCUACCUUUGUGAAGGCGUCGAUCCACGCUGCCAUGUUCGCUCAGAAGGAGAAUCUGAUCGAUGAAGAAGAAUUGUCGCCCGUGUUGAAGGAAGAGGACUUUGUGCUCAAGUCCAAACAGGGUGGCGGUCGUCGUGUGGUGGUUCGACUGGACAUGUUGCAAAGACUUCAGCAACUGGUGACCACGGCGUGCAAUGUGUGUGACGAGUUGUAUAAGGAAGACGAGGACUCCUCCAAGCCAAGACCCAAUCCUACUGCUAGUAUCGACGAACGUGCCAGAUACUAUGGCGUUGAUAAGCUGGUGCCUCAUAUCGAACUGGUUGACGUGGGUGAAAGGCCCGCGUGGACUCAAAUCACGCCGUGGUGGAACGAGGACGCCGACAGGAACUUGCUGAUGGGUGUAUUCCUUCACGGAUACGGCCGAUGUGCCCAAAUUCUGGCAGAUCCUCGUCUGUAUUUCGCGCGAUUAGAGAAAGCAGCUCGUGAUCAAGUAGAAGCAAGCAACGGGGGCAGCUCGAACCAGACGACUUCUGCUGCUUUACCAGCGAGAGAGGGUGCUGUAUCUGCAGAAGACGAUGUGGGUAUGAGCGACUCGGAAAGUGCCUCAAGCUCCGCGAACGAUGACAGUUCCGCCAAGAGUAAUGGGAAGGCUGAAGCUGAUGUGACUGCAGCUGCAAAUUCCUUUAAGCAGCCAGAAGUGCAGCAUAUGAAUCGCUUGCUAGGCUGGCUGCUGUCUGCAGAGGAAAUCAAGCGACGUCACGAGAAGGAGAAGUUCAAGAAAGAGCGUGUGGCCAUGGAACAGCGACGUCAAAUUGCUCAAGAAAUGCGUGCACGUACCAUGACAUUGCGUCGAUUGGAGCUGAAGGCCAUGCAGCUCGCUCAGGUGGACAUUCUUCGACAUAUGGCGGUGUUGCACAAUGCUCGACAACUCCCCGAAGCCACAGUGGCUCCUGCUUCACAUCAUCGAAUGAAAAAUACCGACUGGACUAAGGAAGAACGUCGCUCCUUCGCGUACAUGAUGGCAAUUCACGGUGCGCCACGGAUUUUGGCCAAGCGGGCUGUAGUUGCGCCUGAUGGGAGAGCUACACCAUCGAUGUUGCCGUUUGUGACGGAGCAAGCGCGAGAGUUCGCGUGGGAGACGGAUAGUGUGUCGUGGCGCAAUAUCGUCGAGUGGGGCAAUCUGAACAAGACGGCGAUGAUGGCCCGCACGUUUUACGAGACGAAAUUUGCCCCCAAGUGCCGUGAAGUGGCUCGUAUGCGGGCCGAUCCGCUGGGUUCUGAUCAACGUGCAGUGGCGUUGGGCGAUCUGAUUGGCAUUGAGUUCGUGGACGCUUACGAAGGUGUGCUGGCGCAUGGCCUCAAAGCGCGUAACACUGCCUGGGUUACCAUGCGGAGAACUCAAUUGCUUGAAGAUGUGCUGGAGAUUCUGUCAACCAAGCGGGUGGCGUUGGAGGCUUAUCUCAAGUCAGGACAGGAGAGUUUAGUGGCGGAUAUGCCCGUAUGGUGGUGUCCGUGGAUCCACGACUUGGGCGUAUUUUACGGCAUGGCUCGUCACGGUGUAUGCGGCUGGGAACGUAUAAUGCUGGACCGUCAAUUGCCGUUCCAUCGCCAGGCACGGGAGCACCAUAUUCGUACAGUGUUUCUCGAAGGUACACCCACGUUCCGACCGCUGUACCGUCAUCACUUUGAGUCGACAACGGAGAUGAAUGAUUGGUUUAUGCGCGUGAUGAACGAGUUCCCUUCUCUUUCCAUCUUGGAACGGAAAGUGGAGACGAUCUGCGCUGCUGUUCUUGAGGAAUUUGGAACUUCAGCUGAACGAUACGUGGAGCCAGAAGAGCGACGCGAGUUCAGUCUGUCACCACCAGGCAACUGUUUCGAGGAGCUGGUUUUGUCUCGCGUGAAGCAAGAGGAGGAGUUACUGCCUAGUAUCGAACCUCUCCCUGCUGGUACAGCAACAGACGAAGGAAAUGCUGGUCCUCCCGAAGCUCUAACUGCGUUUUUAAAUGAGUCACAGGGCCGACGCGACGAAUAUUUACGUGCAGCCGAAGCCUCGAACGCUAUCGGAUCGAGCGCUAAGGCUAACGAAGCUUCUGUAGUGGCUAAUGGUCAAGAGGAACAGAAAUCGUCGCAGAUUCCUAUUGAGAUGCUCGUCUCGUAGAGGAUGAACACUAAUUUGCAAGGAUAUAUGAGAAGACAAUAGAAAGAUGUUCUUGGCUAUUGCUAUUAAUCGUUUUUAGGGUGUGUGAAGG